AUGCUGAAAUUACUACCAUUGAGAACCCUGAGAGCUUCUACUCUCUGUACUCGUCGUACACUUCUGUUGAGAACAUAUGCCUCAAUUCCAGAGACUCAGAAAGCCAUUGUGUUCUAUAAGAAUGGCGGACCCUUGAAAUAUGAGGACAUUCCUGUUCCAAAGCCUAAACCUAAUGAAAUAUUGGUAAACGUUAAGUAUACUGGUGUCUGUCACACAGACUUACAUGCAUGGAAGGGCGAUUGGCCUCUUCCUACCAAACUUCCAUUAGUGGGAGGUCACGAAGGUGCAGGAAUUGUUGUUGCUAAAGGCUCUGAGGUGAAGACCUUUGAGAUUGGCGACUAUGCCGGAAUCAAAUGGCUCAACAGCUCAUGUAUGAGCUGUGAGUUCUGCAUCCAAGGUGCUGAACCUAACUGUGCUCAGGCAGAUUUGUCUGGAUACACCCAUGAUGGAACGUUCCAACAAUACGCCACGGCAGAUGCUAUCCAGGCUGCACAUAUUUCCAAGGGUGCCGAUUUGGCCGGUGUUGCGCCUAUUUUAUGUGCUGGUGUUACUGUUUAUAAAGCAUUGAAGACAGCAGAUUUACGUCCGGGUCAAUGGGUGGCCAUCUCAGGUGCCGGUGGUGGUUUGGGAUCUUUGGCUGUUCAAUAUGCCAAAGCAAUGGGUUUAAGGGUACUUGGAAUCGAUGGUGGAAUGGAAAAAUGUGAGUUGGCUACCAAAUUGGGUGCAGAGGAGUUUAUUGAUUUCACCCAGGUGAAGGAUAUGGUUAAGGCGGUUCAAGAGGCCACCAACGGAGGCCCUCACGGCGUGAUUAACGUGUCCGUGUCACCUAAAGCCAUGUCUCAAUCCAUAGAGUAUGUCCGCACCCUCGGAAAAGUGGUUCUUGUGGGUCUACCAGCUGAUGCUGUAGUUCAUUCCAAAGUGUUUGAACACGUUCUAAAGUCGAUCCAGAUCAAGGGUUCCUAUGUGGGUAACCGUUUGGAUACAGCAGAGGCUUUGGACUUCUUUGAUAGAGGACUUGUCAAGUCGCCAAUCAAGAUUGUCGGUUUAUCCAAGCUUCAAGAGGUGUAUGAGUUGAUGGAGCAAGGAAAAAUCGCUGGAAGAUAUGUAUUGGAUACAUCUAAAUAA